UGUUCUACGUAAAAGUUGUCGCAGAACACGAGGAAGAAAACGUAGUGCAUGCUGGGAUGUCUCGGCAGUGAACUCCUGUCAAGAUGUCUGACAUGGAGGAUGAUUUUAUGUGCGACGAUGAAGAAGAUUAUGACUUGGAAUACUCCGAAGACAGCAACUCUGAACCCAACGUUGACUUGGAGAACCAAUAUUACAACUCUAAAGCACUGAAGGAGGAUGAUCCCAAGGCAGCACUCAGCAGCUUUCAGAAGGUUUUGGAGCUUGAGGGUGAAAAGGGUGAAUGGGGCUUCAAAGCACUGAAACAGAUGAUAAAAAUCAACUUCAAACUGACAAACUUCCCUGAGAUGAUGAACCGGUACAAACAGCUGCUCACAUACAUCCGCAGCGCUGUUACCAGGAAUUACUCGGAGAAGUCCAUCAAUUCCAUUCUCGACUACAUCUCCACCUCCAAACAGUCUGUCUCAGUGGUGUCUGAAGGUCGACAGAUUAGUCUGAUGGACCUGCUGCAAGAGUUUUAUGAAACCACACUGGAGGCCCUGAAAGAUGCCAAAAAUGACCGGCUCUGGUUUAAGACCAACACCAAGCUGGGCAAGCUGUACCUGGAGCGGGAGGAGUACAGCAAGCUGCAGAAGAUCCUCAGGCAGCUGCAUCAGUCAUGUCAGACCGACGACGGUGAAGAUGACUUAAAGAAGGGAACGCAGCUGCUGGAGAUCUACGCCCUGGAGAUUCAGAUGUACACAGCGCAGAAGAACAACAAGAAGCUGAAGGCUUUAUAUGAACAGUCCCUGCACAUCAAGUCCGCCAUCCCUCACCCGCUGAUCAUGGGCGUCAUCAGAGAGUGUGGCGGUAAGAUGCACCUGCGUGAGGGCGAGUUUGAGAAGGCCCACACGGAUUUCUUCGAGGCAUUCAAGAACUAUGACGAGUCGGGGAGUCCGCGCCGUACCACCUGCCUGAAGUACUUGGUGCUGGCCAACAUGCUCAUGAAGUCGGGGAUCAACCCCUUCGACUCGCAGGAGGCAAAGCCGUACAAGAACGACCCAGAGAUCCUGGCUAUGACAAACUUAGUAAGUGCCUAUCAGAAUAAUGACAUCACUGAGUUUGAGAAAAUUCUGAAGACCAAUCACAGUAACAUCAUGGAUGAUCCGUUUAUAAGGGAGCACAUUGAGGAGUUGCUGCGGAACAUCAGGACUCAAGUUCUCAUCAAAUUAAUUAAGCCUUACACAAGAAUACACAUCCCCUUUAUUUCAAAGGAGCUGAACAUUGAUGUAGGAGACGUUGAGAGUUUACUCGUUCAGUGCAUAUUGGACAACACGAUUCAUGGACGCAUUGAUCAAGUCAACCAACUUCUGGAACUUGAUCACCAGAAGAGGGGCGGAGCCCGAUACACAGCUUUGGACAAAUGGACAAAUCAGCUGAAUUCGCUCAACCAGGCGAUUGUUAGCAAGCUGGCUUGAAUGACACAUGCCAUAGCCUAUAGAACUUCAGUCCCUGCCACAGAAUCUGUGGGUGUUUUUUUUCCACACUGUGGUAGGCCUAGUUUCAGCUGAAAUAUGGAUACAUCUGGAAUUUGACAAUUAUUUUUUUUAUCGUCCAGUAUGUGAUAUAUGUGAUUUGCUGCCUGUGUUUGUGCAGACAGCUUUGGCAUUCAGAACACCAUAAUUCUACGGAGUUAUCGAAAUGUCCCAUGCUGAGUAAAAAAAAAUCACACUGGAAGGGAAUAACCAGACAGAAAUCUUUUUUUUGCUAGCAUUUCCCACCUCUGCAUUAGCUAUAUGUCAACAGGAACGUGGCCCAAGCUGUAAGCCUGUUUAAGCAUUUUCCCCUGAUGGGUAAGCAUGUUUAUUACACACCGCUAUACUCAGUCAUCAAGCUGUGUUUCUUCAAUCAGUACUUAAGCAAAUUUUGUAAACGUGUGGCACCUUUGUGGCCGUAAGAAUGUCAUCGAAGCUGAAUUAAACUGUGGCUCAGACAUUGUA